AUGGCCUUCCUCACGGCCGCCUCGUCGGCUUCAGACGUCUCUGGUCUCCAGACUCAAAAGACUUCGACACAUCCAGAGGUAGCAGCACAAGUAACGGGCGCCCCCGCAGCUCACCCGGAGUCCUUCUCACUGCCAAUCAACAAGGCUACGGCAACGCCAACACCAGCGACAACCGCCGCCACAACCACCACCCACGUUCCCCUCUCGCUUCGCUCGUCCACGCUCGACAUUAUCUAUCGAUGCCACAGCAAUACCGUCUAUGCCUGGGCACUUGCGGCGACAGCAGCCAAACCUGCCGCAUGGGUGGCACGCCAUACUGCCCGCCUCCUUAUUAUCCUCGGCACGUUCCUUGUGGCAACGGCGCAGCUGUGUGCGGUGCGGUGCGGGCAGGCCAUCUGGCAGGCCUUCUGGUGGCACCUGUGGGCGUGCAAGCCCGCGACGCGGCUCCGCAAAAAGCUGUACUUUGAGGUGGCGCUGCUGUUCAUGGGCCCGAGCGGUAACGGGGUGCUGCUGGUGGUGCUAUGGCCUGGCUGGCUGGUGCUCGCGGCGGCCAUAUGGGGCUUGUCGGUUGCCGUGACCCCAGCGGCCGUGGCCGGAGCUUGA